GUAGAGAGAAUAUAGUUCGUCAGCUUUAUAAUAAUGCUUCACAUGCCAUUCAUGGAGUGCUAGCUAUAACUAUUGAUGCCCUCCUAAAAGGUUCUCUCACUUCUCUAACACCUGCCCUCAUGGAUCCAAUAAUUCUCCUUGUUCUUGCAUCUCUCUUCAUUCAUCCACUUUCUCUAAUAGCUCAACCAACAAAUCUCAUCUCUCGGAUUACUGUAGUGGGUGUUGUUUAUUGUGAUAUCUGUUCCAGCAACACUUUCUCAAGACACAGCUACUUCUUGCCAGGUGCGGAUGUUCAAAUACAAUGCAAAUUCAAAGCGAACUCACCCAAAACCACAGAACAGAUCACAUUCUCAGUCAACAGAACAACAAAUAAGCAUGGAGUAUAUAACCUGGAAAUACCAACUGUUGAUGGGGUAAACUGUGUAGAAGGAUUAGCAGUAACAACAUUAUGCCAAGUAAGUUUAAUAAGGAGCUCAUCUGCAGCCUGCAACGUGCCAGUUUUGAAGACAACGUCAAAUGUGAUUUCAGUCAAGUCUAAGCAAGACAAUCUCUGUAUAUACAACUUGAAUGCACUGAGUUACAGGCCAUUGAAGAAGAAUGAUACUCUAUGUGGAAAUCAGCAGGAAUUUUCAAGAUCUUUGAAUGCCUCAAAGUGCUUUCUUCCUUACUUCCCACCAUAUGGAUUCCCUCUACCUCCUUUGCCUCAAUUUCCAUUCCCUCCAUUGCCACCACUCCCUCCAUUACCCUUUCCUCCUCUACCACCUUUUUCAUCACUACCCUUUCCUCCACUACCACCUUUUCCAUCUUUGCCCUUCCCAUUCCCAAGACUCCCUCCUUUUCCUCCAACUCCCUCUCUUUUUUCCCCACCUCCUCCACCUGCAUUUAAUAUAAGAGACCCAAGAACUUGGAUACCUAAUUUCCCUUCACUUUCUCCUCCUCCACCACCAACAUUUAAUCUUGGAGACCCAAAAACUUGGAUACCAUAUAUCCCUCCAUCCCCUUCUAAGAACCCUCAAAAUCAAAAUCCAUAGUAAUUGCUUUAAUUUAUUUUUUCUUCAAUUGUUCCAAAAAUAUGUUUAAUGCUCAAAGGUUACAAAAGCUUGUAUGUUAAUGUUGGAAGACAGAUGCAUAUAGAAACUACAAUAUAAUUUGCCUAA